UGCUCCGACCAGCAGCUUGGGAUUGGCGGAGGGAAGGCAGCCCAGGCUCUGUGAGGAGGCAAGGUUCUCAGGGGACAGGCCAACCAGGAGGACAGGAUUCCCUGGAGGUCCCAGAAGAGCACCAAGGAGAAGAUCUGUAAGUAAGCCUUUGUUAGUGUCUCCAAGGUUCGGUUCUCAGCUGAGGCCUCUCACACGGUUCCUCUCUCUCCAGGUUUGUGGGUCUCCAUUGCCCAGCUCCUGCCCACACUCCCACCUACUGCCCUGACCAGUGUCAUCAUGUCUCUUGAGCAGAAGAGUCAACACUGCCAGCCUGAGGAAGGUCUUGAGGCCCAAGAAGAAGCCCUGGGCCUGGUGGGUGCACAGGCUCCCACUACCGAGGAGCAGGAGGCUGCCACCUCCUCCUCUGCUACUCUGAUCGCAGGUACGGUGGAGGAGGUGCUUGCUGCUGGGUCAACAGGUCCUCCCCAGAGUCCUCAGGGAGACACUGCCUUCCCGACUACUGUCAACUUCACUCGCUGGAGGCAACCCAAUGAGGGUUCCAGCAGCACCAGCCGAGAAGAGGAGGGGCCAAGCACCUCUCCUGACCCAGAGUCUGCGUUCCAAGCGGCACUCAGUAAGAAGGUGGAUGAGCUGGCUCAUUUUCUGCUCCUCAAGUAUCGAGCCAAGGAGCCGGUCACAGAGGCAGAAAUGCUGGAGAAGGUCAUCAAAAAUUACAAGCACUACUUUCCUGUCAUCUUUGGCAAAGCCUCCGAGUCCCUGAAGAUGAUCUUUGGCAUCGAUGUGAAGGAAUUGGACCCCACCGACCAGUCCUAUAUCCUUGUCACCUGCCUGGGCCUCUCCUACGAUGGCCUCGGGGGUGAUAAUCAGAUCUUGCCCAAGACAGGCCUCCUGAUACUCGUGCUGGGCACGAUCGCAAUGGAGGGCUACAGCGCCCCUGAGGAGGAAAUCUGGGAGGAGCUGAGUGUGAUGGAGGUGUAUGAUGGGAAGGAGCACAGUGUCUAUGGGGAGCCCAGGAAGCUGCUCACCCAAGAUUGGGUGCAGGAAAACUACCUGGAGUACCGGCGGGUGCCCGGCAGUGAUCCCGCACGCUAUGAGUUCCUGUGGGGCCCAAGGGCCCUUGCUGAAACCAGCUACGUGAAGGUCCUGGAGCAUGUUGUCAAGGUCAAUGCGCGAGUUCGUAUUCCCUACCCAUCCCUGCGUGAUGCAGCUUUGAGAGAGGAGGAAGAGGGGGUCUGAGGAUGAGUUGCAGCCAGGGCCGGGGGAAGGGGGCUGGGCCAGUUCACUUUCCAGGGCCCUGUCCAGCAGCUUCCCCUGCCUCGUGUGCCUUGAGGCCCAUUCUUCUCUCUGAGUAGAGUAGUCAGCGCUCUUAGUAGUGGGUUUCUGUUUCAUUGAGUGACUUGAAGAUGUAUCUCUGUUUCUUUUAGAAUUGUUCAAAUGUUCCUUUAAUGGAUGGUUGAACUUCAGCAUGCAAGUUUAUAAAUAGUAGUCAACUAUAUUGCUGUUUAUGUAGUUAAGGAGUAAAAGUCUUGUUUUCUAUUCAGAUUGGGAAAUCCAUUCUAUUUUGUGAAUUGAGACAUAGUAACAGCAGUGGAGUAAGCAUUAAAAAUGUGAUUGAAUUCACAGUAAAAUACGUGAGAUAAAGAAAUUAAAAGAUACUUAAUUCUUGCCUUAUAUCUCAGUGUAUUCUGUAAAAUUUAAAAAAUAUAUAUGCAUACCUGGAUUGCCUUUAGCUUCUUUGUGAAUGUAACAGAAUUUAAAUCUGAAUAAACAAUUCUCCCUGUUCA